CGCGCCUCGGCGCGUCCCCGCAGGCUGCCGCGCUGCGGACGGGCGUGACGUAGAGAACCGAAAAACGUGCGGGGAAAAGGCUGAAGUCGGUACUCCGGAGCUCGGAAUGUGCUCUCUCUGCUCCGCGAAGUCGUUACACUUUUCAAACAGCAGUGGAAAUGCGAGGAUAUCGUUUUCAUACGCUUUCAAAAGCGAUUCUUUUCUUCGUGGUACUCCUGAGUGGCUCCGGCUGCGCUACCGUAGAGUAUGAAGUUCUGGAGAGCGGUCAACUUUCCGAGUUUUACAGUAAAGGAGUGUUCCUCCUGGAGAGUGUGUCAUUGAACAGCUGUCUCCGUGCCGAUCCCUCUGGUCUCUCUAUGGCCAGCUGCGAUCGCCCGACUGCGGCCCUGCUCUGGAAGUGGGUGUCGCGGCAUCGUCUCUUCAAUCUGGGCACGAGCCUGUGCCUGGGCAUCAAUGUCUCUAGCCUGCACCAGCCUGAGGUGGGCAUCUUCAAGUGCCCCACUUCCCUCCAGGCCAUGUGGUGGCGCUGUAGUGCCAGCAUGCUAUACGGAUCAUUGCACAACAAGUUAGCAGUUGUGGCUUCUAAGGUGGUGGUGAGGAGACGCAGCAUGCAUCAGUGGAGGAUCUACGGCGGAACUGGAGAGGCACCUUGUGCUUAUCCCUACGAAGAAAUUCACACCCUGCUGGGGAACGCCCAUGGCAUGCCCUGUGCUAUGCCCUUCCUCUACAACACGCAGUGGUACUGGGAAUGCACGUCAGAGGGUCGGGAAGACCAGCACCUCUGGUGUUCCACCACCAGCCUCUAUGACCAGGACCAGAGAUGGGGCUUCUGUCCAACUUCAGUGUCUGGAUGCGACUCGUUCUGGGAGAGCAGCGCUGAUCUGAAGGCCUGCUACCAGUUUAACCUGAACUCUCUCCUCACCUGGAGCCAGGCCUACACUUCCUGUCAGUCACAGGGAGGUGAUCUGCUCUCCAUCACACACGUUGCAGAACACAGCUACAUCAGGGAAAGACUUUCAGACAUAGGUGUGGUGGUGUGGAUUGGGCUAAAUCACUUGGCUAAGGCAGAGGGGUGGCAGUGGUCAGAUCGAUCUCCCCUGAGUCUGGUGCAAUAUACCUCAGACAUUGCAUCGACAGCAGUUCAGCAGGGCCAGCUCUGUGGUGUGUUCGAUGCCACCCGGGAGUGGGGUCAUUGGCGCAGUCUGGCCUGCGAGUCCGCCGUGCCUUACAUCUGCAAGAAGACCCCCAACAUCAGCAGGAGGGCUGAACCCCUCGAUAACUGGCAGUACAAGGAUACCGUGUGUCCAGACGGUUGGCUUGAUCAUAACGACUUCUGUUACCACUAUCUGGAAGAGAAGGCGAGUUGGGAGAACUCCUCUAGCACCUGCAAGUCUCUCGGUGGGGAGCUGACCAGUAUCCGCUCCCUGGCUGAGCUACAGCUGCUGCUGCGCUUUCUUAACGGUUCAGAGCCCAAAGUGUGGAUUGGUUUGUAUGUGGAGGCUGAGCAUCCAGCAGUUCAGUGGUCCGAUGGCUCACCUGUCACUUUUACAUCCUGGUACUCGCAGGAGCCUACUCGUCGCCACAAAGACAGCCGCGCGUGUGUCACUGCAAACAGGAAGAAUGGGAACUGGGAGUUUGAGGAGUGUGAAAAACUGCAUCCAGCAGUGUGUCGGACAUCAGGCCUUGUAAUUCAGCACCCAGCUGGAGAGUUGGACAUAGGCUGCCCGGAGGGCUGGAAGAGGAUGGGACAGUCCUGCUAUAAGAUUGCUGAUGAAGACCAGACGUUUGAGGACGCAGUGAGAGGUUAUACCUGUAAAGGACCUCUGGUCACCAUAGAAGACAGGUUUGAGCAGGCCUUUCUGAACAGCCUGAUUGACACUUACAACAGGUCCACUUCUCAGUUGUACUGGAUCGCCCUCCAAGAUCAGAACCGAACUGGAGAGUACCGCUGGCUGACCCAGAACAGCUCCACAGCGCCCCUCACCUACAGCAACUGGAACCAGCAUCAGCCUGUGACGGGGGGAGGCUGCGUGGUGAUGGUGGGUCACUGGCCUCUGGGCCACUGGGAGGUGAAGAACUGCACUUCCCACAAGGCCCUGGCCAUUUGCGAGCAGGACGUGAGCAGCUUCCACAUGGCCCUGAUACCUGCGCCCCACCUUGACCCGCUUGUGCCCUGCAAGGAGGGUUGGGACAGCCGCCCCGGCCUGCCGCACUGCUACAAGGUGUUCCACAGUGAGAAGAUCUUGAUGAGCCGCUCAUGGUCUGAGGCGGAGUUUUUCUGCCGCGCUCUCGGAGCUGACCUGGCCAGUUUCCACCACUACAAGGAGCAGUCCUUCAUCAAACAGCUCCUCACGAACAUGUUCCACAGUACAGCAGGCCGCUGGUUCUGGGUUGGCUUCAGUAGGAGAGACCCCAAGUCUGCUGGAGCCUGGGCUUGGUCAGAUGGCACACCGGUGAAGAGAGAGAGAGAUGGGUGGAUGGAGGGAUGGAUGGAUGCUAGCCAGCUUGAUGAACAGAUGGAUGGAUGCAUGGACGAGUUGAUAAAUGGGUGGAUGCUCAGACAGUUUUCAGGAACUGGGAACAGAAAUAUGAACAGAUGUAUAGAUUCUCUUAAAAUUUUGAAUGCAGUCAUUGGACUAAGUUCCUUCCCAUGGGUGGCGACAUCGUUCAUAGAGGAUAAGAAUGAGGACGUGAGCACGCAUGAGUGUGCAGCUUACAGCGGUCUAAACAACGCCCUCUCACCACGGUCGUGCGAGGCCAAACACGAGUGGAUAUGCAAAGUGCCCAGAGGGGCAGAGAUAACAAAGCCUUAUUGGUACAAUAAUCAGAGCGAGCCGUGGGUGUUUUACCGUGGAGCAGAGUACUUCCUGGGCAGCCAGCCGUUCCCAUGGGAGUCUGUGCUGUUUGCCUGCAAAAUGAUGGGCGCAGACCUGCUAACCUUACACUCCAAAGAAGAGGCUGGCUUUAUCAAGGGACACAUGAUGAAAGUCCCUCGUGCCUCUACCGAAUGGUGGCUUGGUCUCUCCGCUGGCAGUGGGCACUACGGCUACAGCUGGACUGAUGGAUCUGCUCUAGACUAUGAGAAAUGGAAAAAUGGAAGACCUCUUAAAGCAACAGGACAAAAAUGUGUUUAUAUGUCAUCUCUGUCUGGGGAGUGGUCAACGGGGCGCUGUGCAGAACCCCGUGCAUAUGCAUGCAAACGCAGGACCGUGUCCGUUCUGGAGGUUCUACGGGAGCCUAAGUUCAUCGGUGCCUGUCCGCCAAAGUGGUUCUACUUUGGAUACAAGUGUCUGCUGCUGCACCUCCCAGCACAGCAGGAGGAGGGGAAAACCUGGGUCGAAGCCCGGUCCAUCUGCGCCAACCUCCACGGAACACUGGUCAGCAUUGAGAAUGGUAUUGAGCAAGCUUACGUCACCAUGCUGCUUGAUGGCUUUUCGCCCGGCGUUUGGAUCGGCCUGAGGGACACAAAUGCCACAAAGUGGGUUAGCGGCAAAUCGGUCACUUACACCAACUGGUCUCCUGUAGAACCCAAGAGCUCCAGCACUGAAGAAGAAUGGUUAAACACUGCAAGUGUAGGGGCUGAACCAUUAUGCACUGUUCUAUCCAGCAAUCACAACUUUCACUUAGUGGGGGCCUGGUAUAAUGAGAAGUGCACCCAGGUUGGAUAUGGCUUUGUCUGUCAAAAGCCACAAGAUGUGACUAAACGUCCCUCCCACUCAAAUAGGGAUACUGCCUACCUAGACUCUGAGUACAGGAACCGGAGUUACCAUGUUGUCCGUGGCAACCUGAGCUGGUCCGAAGCUCUGAGGAGCUGUAUGGAGAAACACAUGGACCUGGUGAGCAUCUCGGACCCUUUCCAUCAGGCCUACCUCACUGUGCUGGUGAACAGGCUGGCAGCGCCCCACUGGAUUGGCUUCUUUAGCGAGGAUGAUGGUAUAAAUUACCAUUGGACUGAUGGCAGUGACACUGUGUUCACACACUGGAACUUGGCUGAUGAUGAGGAGGAUGAAGGCUUUGUGUUGGGAGACUGUGUGUAUAUGGAUGUCACAGGAGGCUGGAACCGGGCUGACUGUGACAUGCAGCUCUCAGGAGCACUGUGCUACGCACCUCGUCUGAAAAGGGUUGCGUUCUCCUAUGAAGUGGUCUGCAAAGAAACAUGGCUGAAGUUUCGGGGGAGCUGCUACAGUUUCGAGUCGGUUAUCUUGAAACUGCCCUUAGAGGAAGCAAGGGAAUACUGCAGGAAAAAAGAGAAUUCUUCUGAUGUUUUGACCAUCCGAGACGAGGCGGAGAAUCGCUUCUUCCUGGAACAGUUGAAGGACUUUUAUGAUGGCUUUCAGACUGUGUGGCUCGGGAUUUAUUAUGAUAUAGACAGAGAUGCUUUGUCCUGGAUGGAUGGGUCAGUGCUGGACUACACCAACUGGCGCUGGAAGGUUCCGGAGAAGAGUGUGAUGAAGGCGGACACGUGUGUGUCAGCACGGGUGUCGGAUGGCGAGUGGCUACUGGCCAACUGCAGGGACAGACUGGGCUUCGUAUGCAAAACACGCUCAGAGGUGGAUCCAGAAGUGGAAGUGAAGGCACUAAAUAGUUUGCAUCAUGGAAUUGUCCCUGCUGCUGUUUUAGUAGCAAUAUUGUUUUUUGCGGUACUUGCUGGAUUGCUGUGGUUCGUAUAUAAGAGGAACACACUGGGCUUCCGGAGACUUCCAUCACUUGGAAACGCCUACUAUAGACAGAGCAGUUCUCAGGCCACGGACUCAGAUGGGAAUGUACUCCUCACAGACCUGGAGACACAACCGGGGGAUGAGUGAGUGUGUGUGUGUGUGUGUGUGUGUGUGUGUGUGUGUGUGUGUGUGCACUAGUGUGUGAGAGACAGAAUGAAAGAAUCUGGGAUGCUGCAAAAGGACCAAACCUGAUGAAUUUUAAAUCUAAAUGGUAAACAUAUGGUUCUUUCUGCUCUAAUCUGAGAACAGCAGGCUUACGCACAUAAAGGCCUCAUGAAGUUUUAAAAACUCAUAUAAAAGAAAAUGAGGGAUUUCCUAAAUGAAGCAGAAGUGUUUGCUUGUUUUUACAAUAUCAGGGAGACUUUAUAGACACAUUUAUAGGCUGUUAAGAGAGAAAACGGUGUCAGGCACUGGUGAAAUCUGUGCUAGUAGAGGUUACUUACAAUCUUCUUGUCCCUUGUUCAGCUUGUUCCCUUGUUCAUCUGAACACAAUGCUUCAUUGGGCUUCUCCAAUCCUGAAUCCCAUUUUAUCUGAAGUAGCCUUGUGGAAGAUGUAUGAGCUUUGACAAGCACUGUAUUUCUCUUUGGCUCCCCAUGCUGUGGGCCUGUGUGGUGGAAUAAAGGCAAUACCGGGUGCCCUAAUCCAGAAUUGGCUCCUGCUCCCUAGACACCACCAACGUCCAAAUCCUGGAAGCCCUGCUGUCCACAACAGGCCUGUUCAUGUCAGCCAAUCAGUGUAUUAGGAAGUACAGCUGACAUUUUUAUUGCUUGUGCCUGUAUAAGCGUCAUGAUACAAUUUCAGUAUAAGGAGACUGAAGCAUUGUUCUGUAAUUCUGAAAGUGUAUUUAACCACUUUCCUUCUGAGGCCUUAUGAGAUAGACAUAUUGUCAGUGAAAGCAUCAGCUGUGUUGAGACCGACUGAGCUUCCUUCCUUUGAACUGAAAGGAUAGAUGAAUAAUGCCUGUAGUUUCUGUGCCGUGAUUGGCUCUGAGUGGUUCAGUGUAUGCUCCAGUCCACAGCUGAUGUGUGUCAAGAUAUGCAGAUGAAAACCACUUUGUCUGCCGGCCUACAUUAGUCUAUAGCUCGAGACAAUCAUAGCUUUAUUUUCAUCUUGUACAUGCACUGUAUGUAUUGAAAGUGUUAAUGCAGUUAACUCUUAAUACUUUUUCUGUGUGUGGAACUGCUUUUGGAAUAAGAGUGUGCCCUAUUUUUUUCUGCCACAUGAUUUAAAAUGUCUGUACAGUAUUGUGAGUCAUUGUUUGUUUGUUGACAAUUUUUAAAAAAUGUAUUCAUAAUGAGGUAAAAAAAGAAAAAGGGAAGAGCAGUAUGAUGUUGCUAAGGGGAGUGUUCUCUGGUUACACAUUAAUACACAUAUGUAGGAAGCUUGUACAUCCAAUACAUGUGAUCAAAACAUGGUCACCUGUUUGUUUUAAAAACAUUUACAGUGUACACUUCUGAUUUACAAGCUGAUGAAAUAAAGUUUAAUGUGAUUAAUAUUG